AUGGAGAAUGAAGAUAAUUCCAUAGAACAAACCAAUUUGGACUCCGAUCACCAUCAACAUGAAUCUGUACUGCCAGAAAAGAAUAUAGAACUGGAAGAACUGGAAGAAGAACUUGAAAUUCUGUCCGACUCGGAUUCAGAAAUAAGUUUAGACGAAGAUGAUGAAGAAUUAAUAUGGAGAGUCUUUUUCAAUCAAUUAGAAAAACAUAGAGAAGGAAUUAAUCAGUCUAACGAAGGUUUGCAAACGGAUGGUAAUACUUCAGAUUAUGACGUCGAUUUAGAAACUAGUGAUGAUGAUCAAAGUGAUGUCUUGUCAAUAAAUUCAGAAGAAUUAAAUUUGGUGAAUGAUCCUUCAUUAAUAUCUCGUUAUAAAUCUUUAAAAGAAGUUAAUUUCGAUAAAAAUAUGUCAGAUGAAGAUCAAAAAAGACUUUUAAUAUCAAAUUUUACUGAUGCUCAAAUGGAAAGAUUUGAAGCUUACAGAAGGCUGACAAUUAAUAAACCAGGUGUAAAAAAAUUAUGUAAUGCAGUAAUUGGUCAUUCAGUCCCUCAAGUAAUUGCAACAGUUGUUGCUGGUGUCGCAAAACUGUUCAUGGGUGAGUUGAUUACUAAAUCUUUUGAGAUUCAAGAAAGGGAUAAUAAAGGUAAAUUAUUGUUAGAUAUUGAAGAAAAGAAGUUAUUAAAAUCAAAAUUUCUACAAGAUGGUAAAGGAUCAGACCUUAAACAAACUCCUUUAAAAUAUGAGGGAGAUCGAAAACGUCCUUUACAACCAUGUCAUGUGAGAGAGGCCUGGAGAUUAUAUGAAGAAGAGACUAGUGGCACUCUUAAAUGA